AUGGAAAAUGUGAGCCAAAGAACAUUAAUUUGUGUUGCUGUUAGUUCGGAUUGUAUUUCUGAUACAACCAAAUUUUGUGAAGACUGUGACAACGGUCUAACAUCUUCAAAUUGUGAUUUCAAGAUCCAAACUAAUGACCAUUGCAAAUACUACAAAACGGAAUAUGUAAAUGAAAAAUUUUAUAUUCAAUGUUUGCAGUGUCAGGAUGACUAUUAUUAUGAUAACACCAACUGCGUUUCAACUGAUGAAUAUAUUAAAUACAUUAACAAAAAUGGAGUCAUAUUUUCUUGUGAAAAAGAUGAGUUUUUAGAUAUUAACAAUUUGUGCCAAAAAGUCUCAUCAAAAGCGUCAAACACCCAAAAAGCUAUAUUUUAUAAUAACAUUAUAGUUUCUUUAUUAUGUGAAGAAAAUGCCAUUUUAAACAUAUCAUCGAGUACCUGUGUGCCUUUAGAAAGAUGUGAGAAAAUCACACCGAAUGAGUGCAUUUCUUGUGGUCAAAAUUCGAUGUUAAAAAAUUCACUUUGUACGAAUUGCACAGAAGAUAUUAAUUGUCUCAAUUUUACUUAUUGUACCUGCAAUCUAUGCAAGCCUGAUUAUCUUCUGAACAAUGGGAAAUGCUCUCCACAAGAAUCUUUAAAUUGUCUUCUUUCGGAUGGAAAGAGUUGUUUGUUGUGUAAUGAAAAUUAUAAGAAAACGAUUUCAGAAAAGACUGAAUUUUGCGUUUCAUUAAAUAAUAAUGAGAAACAUGUGAAAUACACAAGUAAUUCAGAAAAGGUUUUAGAGUGUUCCAGCGGCUUUUAUUUAGCACAAAACAGUUGUGUAGAUCUCAAACAAACAGUGAGUUAUUUAAACAACACAUUCAAAUAUAAUUUGAAUGUUAAAAAAGACGAAGUAAAUCAUUGCGAGUAUCACAGUAGUAAAGGGUGUCUUUCUUGUGUCAGUGGGUAUUACUUAAAUACUUCUUUGACUUGUGUUGAAUGUCCUGUAACGUGCAAGUCCUGUUUUAAUUCAUCGUAUUGUUUAACAUGCAAAAGUGGGAUGUUCCUCAACGCCCAAUUUGAGUGUGAAGAGUCCACUGAUUUACAGAAUCGUUGUGAUCAGAUGAUCCCUUCAAAUUUAGGAUGCCCCAUAUGUACGAGUGGAUAUUACAAAGACGGCUUGGACUGUACACAAUGCGACGUUUCUUGUACGCAGUGUUUGAAUAUGAAGACGUGUCUCUCGUGCUCGGAAAAUUACUUUAAAACUAUUUAUGACACGGGACUAUGUCAACCUUAUGCAAAUUUAUUAAAUUGUGAGACGAAAAACUCAUUUGGAUGUUCAAAGUGUGCUGCUGGGUAUUAUCUCACGGCUGUACAAUUCUGUGAAAAGUGUAUGACCAACUGCACGUCUUGUGACACGCAAGACAAAUGCAAUUUAUGUGCCACAAAUUUUGUAUUAAUAAAUUCCAUCUGCAAAUCGUUUGACGAAAUUGAAAAGUGCAAAAGUGCAGAGAACAACAAAUGCAACAGUUGUGAGACGGACUUUAAAGUCUCCGAUGACGGACUUUCAUGUGUUAAAAUCUCUAAAACGGCACUUGCAAUUUCACUUCCACUGAUUGCAACUCUUUUCAUCAUUUUCUUCGUCGUCUUUAUAAUACUUUUAGUCUUGUUUUUAAGAGAAAAGAACCACAAAAAUCAACUUGAGAAGUCAAUCUGUGUUUUCGACAUGAAGAAAUCCAACGUGUUAUUUAAGAACAUUAGCAGCUUAAUUUGCACUAACAAAGAGGCUUUGGUCUUUGAAAAUGAAAGCGAAAUAAGUCCAGAAAUUGAUGUAGCUGAAGAAAGUCGGUCACUCUUAUGUGUUGGCAAUCACUCGAAAAACACAUUAAAAAUUCAAUUCACGUCGCAGUCUGAAAACAGUGAUGUAUACACAUUAACUUCACUCCCACAAAUUGUGUUACUCAAACCAAAUUUUGCGUGCGAAUUUGAAAUGUUUUUAACACCAAAUUGCACGUCGAAAAUUGAUGACAAAAUUGCGAUUGUGGUUUUAGACUACGAGACUGGGAAAGAGGAAAUCGACUAUUUAAAAUUACAAGCAGUGACGAAAUGCACAUCCCGACUUGACCACCACGAAAUAGUUUCUGAGAGUAAAUUGGGAGAAGGGAGUUUCGGAGUUGUGUUCAAAGGGAUGUACAGAGGAAGUGAAGUUGCAAUUAAACGAUUGAAAGACACAGGAGAAAAUUUUGAGGAGAGUUCAUUGGAGGAAUUUGAGAAUGAAAUAAAGAUGUUGGAUAAGUUUAGAAGUGAGUAUAUCGUCCAUUUUUAUGGCGCUAUUUUGUUACCAAGAAAGCUUGCGAUAGUCACUAAAUAUGCUAAAUAUGGAAGUUUAAGAGAUUUAAUGAAGAAUGAGAGAUAUAUAGCACAAAAGAGUUGUGAAUCACAAGAAUUACAACAUUCACAACAAUCACAGAAAUUUUGUGAAUCACAAGAAAUUGUCACAAAAAGUAUGAGACUCAAAUUCUUGACAGACUCUGCAAAAGGAAUUUUGUAUUUACACGAGAAUGGCAUUUUACACAGAGAUAUUAAACCGGAUAAUAUGCUCAUAUUUUCACUCAAAAAGGACAUUCUUGUGAAUGCGAAAUUGACUGAUUUUGGAAGUGCGAGAAAUGUGAAUCUUUUAAUGACUAACAUGACUUUCACCAAAGGUGUUGGUACUCCUAUUUAUAUGGCGCCUGAAGUGUUGAAUCAAGAAAAAUAUAAAGAAGCUGCGGAUGUCUUUUCUUUUGGUGUUUCAAUGUUUGAAGUGUGUGGGUGGUGUGAGGCGUAUCCAAAAGAAAGUUUCCAAUUUCCGUGGAAAGUUGCGGAGUUUGUGAGUGGUGGGAGGCGACUUGCUCAGAGUAGUCGAAUCACAGAUGACGAAUAUGAAAUCAUCAAAAGCUGUUGGGCACACAAAACACAAGAUCGACCAACUAUGAAAGAAGUCGUUGAAGUCAAACUAAUCAUUCGUAAGUCCCCCAUCAAGAGAAUCUCCUUAUUAAAAAACGUUUUAACUAAUCAAAAUUAA